UGAGAAGUUUACAGACCUAGAGAAACUCUACCUCUACCUUCAGCUGCCUUCGGGUCCCAACAAUGGAGACAAAAGCGAUCAGAUCUCCAUGUCAUCCAGCCGUGCCCAGCAGAUGCACGCCUUCUCGUGGAUACGGAACACCUUGGAAGAGCACCCUGAGACAUCCCUUCCCAAGCAGGAGGUUUAUGAUGAAUACAAGAGCUAUUGUGACAAUCUUGGCUACCACCCGUUAAGUGCUGCUGACUUUGGAAAGAUCAUGAAAAAUGUCUUUCCAAAUAUGAAGGCCCGUCGUCUAGGCACAAGAGGCAAAUCAAAGUAUUGCUACAGUGGACUGAGGAAGAAGGCUUUUGUGCAUAUGCCAACACUGCCCAACCUUGACUUUCAUAAAACUGGAGAUGGGUUGGAUGGGGCAGAGCCGUCUGGGCAGCUGCAAAGUGCUGAUGAGGAAGUUGUCUCUGCGGCCUGCCGGCUUGUUUGUGAAUGGGCCCAGAAAGUGCUGAGCCAGCCUUUUGAUACAGUCUUGGAAUUGGCUCGUUUCCUUGUAAAAAGUCACUAUAUCGGUACCAAGUCAAUGGCAGCUUUAACAGUAAUGGCAGAGGCACCAGCAGGAAUAAAAGGGAUCCCCCAGCCCUCAGCUUUUAUACCUACUGCUGAAAGUAAUUCCUUUCAACCGCAAGUGAAAACUCUGCCAUCUCCUGUUGAUGCCAAGCAGCAGCUGCAGCGUAAGAUCCAGAAGAAGCAGCAAGAACAGAAACUGCAGUCUCCUUUGCCAGGAGAGUCUCCAGCAAAGAAAACAGAAGGCACUGCAACCAAUGGUGUGACCAGUAUAUCUAAUGGAAGUCCUGCAAUUCUGUCUCCUCCGCCUAUUGGCAUUGUUGUGGCAGCUGUCCCCAGCCCGAUACCGGUGCCAAGGACCAGGCAGUUGGUGACGUCUCCAAGUCCUAUGGGAGCGUCUGAUAGCAAGGUCCUGCCACUCAAUGUUCAGGUGGUCACUCAGCACAUGCAAUCAGUCAAGCAGUCACCAAAGACUCCCCAGAACGUUCCUGCCAGCCCAGUUGGUGACCGCUCUGCCCGACAUCGCUACCCGCAGAUCUUACCGAAGCCAGCAAAUACCAGUGCUCUCACCAUCCGCUCUCCCACAACGGUGCUCUUUACCAGUAGCCCAAUCAAGACUGUUGUGCCAGCUCCACAUGUGAAUUCUUUAAAUGUGGUAAAAAUGACAGCAAUAUCUCUUGCCCCAGGCAGUAGUAGUGUGCCCGUCAAACAGACGCCUUCAGUUAGCAGUAGUGCAGGAGCAGUGGAAGAAGGGAGGACUGGUCCACAGAUCAAGAAUGCAUCUGUUGUUUCACUUCAGUCUCCAGGAGCCAAGCCUAGCACUGUUGUAGCUGCGCCUGCAGUCAAGAUCAAAAUGGAACCAGAAGCAAUGCUGGAUGAGAACUCAGUACAAGGCCAAGAGAGCUCUGACGUGUCUAAAUCCAUAAAGGCAACCCCUGACCUGCCUCCUGCUCAACUAAUUAAUUUUGAGCUUGCAACCUCGAAGGUUUCAGCUGAUGAUGUCGUGGAGGCAAAACCAGUUAAGGGCUGUGAUCAGGGAGCUGAAGAAGCAGGGAUCAAAUAUAAAACACAAUCUAAUGAGAUCACACCAGUUUCUUCAGCAGGCAAUAAUCAAAGCAUUCUAAAGCUCUCAGUUGCCGGUCAAAACUUGUCCAGCACCAGCAUUGGUUCACCUCCUACUGGUGAGUCUACGAUUAAAGACAAAACAUGCACUAAAAGUCCAAGAAAGCGACAACCUUCUACACUUCAGGAUUCCCAGGUACCACCUGUAAAGAAACCACUGGUGGAGCAGCUUUCAGCUGGUAAUGCUGUGGAGGGUCAAAAAGCAAACAGUGUUAAGAAGUCUCCAAAGGUUGGAUCGUUAGCUAACAGUGACAAUACAGCAACACUUGCUCAAGUUCCCAGCAAGGUACCUGUGAAGGUACCUGUACCUUCUGCAGCUGCAGCAAACUUAGCAACAGACCUUUCUUUGAGCACCAAUUUAAAUACCAGUGAUUCUACUUUAGGACAGCAGCUUGCAUCAGCAUCAUCUCCAGAUAUAAAAGUAAAAUUGGAAGGAAACGUGUUUAUCAUAGAAAAUGAUUCAAAAUUUGAUGGCAGCUUUAACCCAAAUACGUGGCACCAUAUCAACAAAACCUCCGACUUUGCAUCUGUGAAUUGUGAACAGCAGCAAGAUAUCAGUGUUACGACUAUUGCAGGGCACUCUGGCUCUAGUGACUUACAGGAAUCGGCAUGGGAGCCAGUGCACUGUGAAGGGAUACAGCAGGAUGCAUACAACCAGCAGUUACAGAGCCAGAUCCAGGACUCCUCCUUGGGUCAAAUACAAGCACAGUCUUCAAAUCAGUUACCUCUGCAGUCUGAGCUUAAAGAGUUUGAACAUACAGUCCCUCAGGCAAACGAAAACUUCUUUUCAUUUGAUGAUGACCUUACCCAGGACAGCAUCGUGGAGGAGCUGGUGCUCAUGGAGGAGCAAAUGUCCAUGAAUAAUUCUCAUCCUUACGGUGGUUGUCUAGGAAUGGCACUUCAGAGUCAGACCGCAGCUCAAGGAGCUUCCGUGUCAUCUCAUCCAAGCAGCUUUACUCCUAUCAGCUCCAGCAUGGCUUACCAUGAUGCCAGCAUUAUAUCAAGUAGCCCUGUGAAGCCAAUGCAGCGGCCUAUGGCUACCCAUCCCGACAAAACCAAGCUUGAGUGGAUGAAUAACGGCUACAGUGGUGUUAGCAAUUCAUCGGUUGCAAACCAUGGCAUCCUUACGAGCUAUCAGGAGCUGGUGGAAGACCGCUUCAGGAAACCUCACGCUUUUGCUGUUCCUGGCCAGUCAUACCAGUCUCAGCCGCGCCACCAUGAUACUCACUUUGGUCGCGUGACUCCUGUUUCACCUGUGCAGCACCAGGCAGCCCCUGUCAGUAGCACCACCAAGCAAGAGGGCUUUGCUGUUCCUGCUCCUUUGGACAGCAAAGGGACCGGUUCCUCUCUCAACAACAGUCUGAGAUGCCGGAGCGUGAGCCCUGCUGUCCAUCGCCAGCGUAAUCUCAGUGGAAGCACUGUUUAUCCUGUUUCAAAUAUACCACGCUCUAACCUGACACCUUUUGGAAGUCCAGUGACUCCUGAAGUUCACAAUGUAUUUGCUAAUAUCCAUGCAGACACCAGUGCCAAUAACAUAGCGCAAAGAAGCCAGUCAGUCCCAUUGACUGUGAUGAUGCAGACAGCCUUCCCGUCUCUUCAGAAACAAACAAACACUAAAAAAAUAACCAAUGUGUUGUUAAACAAACUUGAUUCUGAUAGCGAUGAUGCAGUGAGAGGUUUGGGAGUGAACAACAUGCCCUCAAAUUACACAGCCAGGAUGAAUCUCACUCAGAUUUUGGAGACAUCCGCUGCUUUUCCUGGUGCCAACCCACAAAAUAUGAUCAAUUCCAGCACUUCAGUUUAUGAAUUCCAAACACCAAAUUACCUCACAAAAAACAGCAGCACCGAUCAGAUCAGUUUUUCUUCUGGAGAUAACCAAGCACAAUCAGACAUCGGAGAGCAGCAAUUAGAUUUUAGCAGCACUGUAAAAGACCUUUUAGGGGAGGACAGUCUGCCAACAAACCAGCAGCUGGUGAAUCAGGUGGCAUCAGAUCUCAAUAACGUUGCAUCUGUCUUUUCCAGCGACAUCAGGUUGUCUUCCGAGCUCUCAGGCAGCAUUAAUGAUCUGAACACUUUAGACACAAAUCUACUGUUUGAUCCAGGUCGUCAGCAGGGACAAGACGAUGAUGCUACACUGGAGGAAUUAAAAAAUGACCCCUUGUUUCAACAGAUCUGCAAUGAAUCCAUUAACUCAAUGACUACAUCAGGUUUUGAGUGGAUGGAGAGUAAGGAUCAUCCUGCUGUUGAAAUGUUGGGCUAAUCUUGUUUUAUAAUAUGUAUGUAGCACACUGUAUCUAAAAGACAGAUGUAUUGUAUUUGUCUUAAUGGAAGUGCCUCCCGCAGCAGAAACACUUGCUAUGUGUUGUGGCAUUUUUUAAAAAGUUUGCUGUACCCAUUGCUUAUUCUUCAGCAGGGAAAAGGCAGUCUUACCAAUUUUAAACAAACUUCUGAAGACGAUGGGCUAUCAAAGAGCCAGUAUUAAAAUUUGAAUUUUAUAGUGUUUCCCAUUCAGCAUUUCUUAUUGUAGCAAACAAAGAAGUGGUUAAUAGCCAGCCAGCAGUGACAGCUAUGGUUGAGGCUUUGGGAGGGUUUUAAGUCGAGCUCGCUAGUAGGCUUUCCUUACUUUGUAUCACUUGUUAAGUUCUUAGUAGAUGAUCCUUACUGACCUUUGUCAUUCAGGUCUGAAACGCAGGGUGCCUGCAGAUGGGUAGGUGGUGGGAGUAGGUGCAAGUGAACCGGGUGACAUGACCAUUGUGUAGCUGUCUUGAGCACUGCACGGUGGUGAACUGUGGAAAAUCUCUCUAGCACUGGUGCCAUUGACAUCGCUAGUAAAACGCAGAGGUAGGAAAAAACUAACAGGAAUGAUCAAGAAAGAUGCACUAAAUUUUUUAUUUAAGAGAAAUAAAUCUAUGUAGUUAUUUUAUCCAUUAAUAUUCGUGACAUACUUGAUAUUUUAGUUCUCACUUCAGUGUUUUUAUAUUAGGUAAAAUUCAUGCAAAAAGAUUUUGAGCACUGAGAUUUAAUCUAGGCAUAACACCCUAUUUUAAAGUGAUAGGUACUGUUUAAUUAUUUAUCAACUCUAGAGAAGGAACGUGGUAUUUCCCCUCUUUUUUUUAAAUAAAAGAGCUGCUGGAGCUCAUUAAAAUACUAUUUUUAAAGAUGCAUUUUUUAAGCUUGCUCUUUCCUAACCUAGUGGAGGGUGUAGGAAGAUGUUAUAUUUUCUCUAUAUUUCAGUAGGUUGAGCCUUUCUGUCUGUCUUGCUCGUUCUCUUUCUCUCAAACAAAAGAUGAUUAAAAUAUUAGAAAAUGUGGUUGAUCUAAAAAUAUUUCAUAUAGAGCCAUAAUACUGCCAGGCACUUUACAGAUACGCAGUAAGAGAUGUGAUCUUUCUUUUGGUAAAACUUCUUUUAAAAGUACUUACUGUUUUAGAAGCCUGAAUUCCACUUUCAUAAGUGAUUUGACAGGACUGGUGAAUCUUAAUUUUUUUUUUUUUUUUUUUAAGUCCUUAGCUGCCCCUCUGGAAAAUGAGAUUUAGACUUCUGCCUCGCUAGUUCACUUGAACCAAAAAAUACCUUUUGUUUUAUCAGCAUGGCAUGGAUCUCUCUAAUGGCGAAGAGAGAGAGGUACUUAACCAGCUACGGCCCUGAUGCUAGAAAGAGGAUUUGCACAGGCAAGCUUUUACAAAAGAAGUGGUGCACUGAGGAUGCUACAAUACCAUCCCUUAAGCAUAGUAUAAAAUUGAUUAUUUCUCCUGUGAACUGACACAAAACAGAAAACACAUUGCAUUACUUCUUUGAGUGAGCAGUCAUGAAUUUAUGAAGGGGGAGGCACAACAGGCCCCCCUAGAUUUACUUAAGGGGAAGAUGCUCAGAUAUUUUUUUUUUUAAGUGUCUUGGUGGUCUUCUGUUUCUUCAGUUUUUGCUAAUAACUUGAG